GCCAAGCAGGAGAAAAGACACUAACUGUAGCCAGUGACACCAUGUGGACUUUAACUCUCACACUGAUAUGGAUAUUGACCACGUUCAGUCACGCACAAGAGUCCUGUCCAGAAGUUAAAGUUAUAGGUGUUGGCGAAGCAGACAAGUUGACUAUUCUUAGAGGAUGUCCUGGGAUCCCGGGGACUCCUGGUCAAAAAGGAGAACCUGGGGAAAAAGGGCAAAUGGGAUCACAAGGAGUACCAGGAAAAAUUGGGCCUUCAGGACCAAAGGGUGAAGUUGGUAAUGAUGGAGCUAAAGGAGUAAAAGGAGAGAAAGGAGAACCUGGCAGGUUUGAAUCCUUAUACACUGCCAGGAACUGUAAGGAGCUGCAAGAUCAGGGAGAAGCAAUAAGUGAUUGGUACACAAUAUAUCCAGAUGGGGAGCAGCCAAUGAAGGUGCUGUGUGACAUGCACACUGAUGGAGGAGGCUGGAUAGUUUUCCAAAGACGUUGGGAUGGAUCGGUGGAUUUCUUCAGAGACUGGCAAUCCUACAAGAGGGGUUUUGGCAGCCGACUGAAUAGCUUUUGGCUGGGAAAUGAUAAUAUUUAUAAAAUAACAUUAUCAGGUUCAUGGGAGCUACGAGUUGAUCUACAAGACUUUGAGAACACAAAGGCCUAUGCCAAAUAUUCUUCCUUCCAGAUACUAGGAGAGCCUGAGAAGUACCAGUUACUACUUGGACCCUUUAAAGAGGGAAGUGCAGGUGAUUCUAUGGCGAGUUUAAAUGGAAUGAAAUUCUCUACCAAAGACCAGGAUCAUGAUACACAUGCAGGUGGUAGCUGUGCUGGAUUAUACAAAGGAGGCUGGUGGUACGCCGAUUGCCAUGGCGCAAAUCUAAACGGACUUUAUCUGCAGGGGGAGCACAGAUCCUAUGCUGAUGGAAUCAACUGGUACCUUGGCAAAGGCCACAACUACUCCUAUAAAUAUGCAGAAAUGAAGAUUCGACUUGUUUAAAAUCAUAUGACUUAACAGUUCCAUGACAAAUUCUUUGCAAUGUACCAUUUUAUGACAUUACAUUUUGUGAAUAACAAAAUAAACAUAAAAGCCUCCACAUGUUAGUGAAGAGAUUUACUAAUUGGGAUUGUUCUGCCUGUGCACUCAAUGAAGUGGUCCUGUCUUUUUAACACUAAUGUAAAACAUUCCAUUUUAUUUUUAUUUUAAUUCAUAAAAAAGGAAGUGUUUACAUUACAGCCUAAGAACACCUCCUUAGGCUGUAAGGGGGCCACUCCUAAAAUACCUACUAGAGAUGCUUCCUAGGGCAGUCUUGGAGACACUGAACUUUUCUCAUAAAGAUGCACUGAUUCAAUGCAUCUCUAUGAGGAGAUACUGAUUGAACAGGGGGUUAUUUGGCCUCCCAGCCUUCCUCCUUGACUGAGAUCAUGAUAAUUGACAAUCUCAGCCAAUCCAAUGCUUUCCUUUUCUGAUGAUGUCAGCCAAGGAGGCAGAUCAGUGGCAGGACCAGCACCAGCAGAGUGGAAUAACGGUAAGAUUUAACUAUAUUUAAGGGGGUGGGAGGUAUUUUAACUCUAUACGGUCAGGUAUACAUUUUUGUGUUUCUGAUCCAAUAGCGUUCCCUUAAAAAUCCUGCAGGGACAGUCUUUAGGCAUCAUAACUACUUAAGCUGUAGUGAUUCUAGUGACUAUAGGGUCCCCUGUAAGUGCAUAGUUCUUAACAUUUUUGAUUGCUUGAUUAAUUCAUCAUUCUUUAGUUACACAUUUAUAUAAAGGUAUCUGAAAAAUCACAUGGUUGCAUCAAUUCCUAUUUGUAAUAUACAAGUCUACCAAUAAUUAUACAUAAUUAAUUCAUUGCAUUACUCAGCUGGCUGAUUUUAUUUUUUUAAACCAAUGAUAGCAAUGAUAAACUAUUUCAAUUUACAUGCAUACAAUAAUGUUAUCCCUAUCGCUUAUAAUGCUUUUCAGA